GUACCACAAUCACAUGAACGAACAGGUGGGGAUUUUAAGAAAACAUUUUAGACAUUAAAGCCACAUAAACCAAAACUUAUCCAAUCUCCACCCCCUACAAAUCAUCAGCUCCAAAACAAACCACUUCUUCUUGUUUAACCAACACCAAACAUAGACCAGAUAGAAGACCUACUGGUACUGGACUUGCCUAGUGCAGAUUUUUGGACCAUCAUACUAACAACUAUUGUAUGCCUUCCAAACACACCAAAGAACCAUUCCAUGAAGAACCAUCUCCAACUUUGCCUAGAAAUUGCCCCUCUAGCACUAAGCUACCACUGCAUCAAAUGCUACUUCAAACUCACAUUUGGAUUCAGAACUGGCCAUUAGCCAAAUCGGCAAAAAAGACCAAACAUCAAUUCUUAUUGAAUUAAAGAAAGAAGAAUACAAGAGGAGAGGACCAAACCAAAUCCCUCAAAAAGUGUAAACCCAAAGAGUAUAUCUAAACAAGAAAUAGAAACAAAAGCUUACUCUUGAUUAGCAAAUACCCAAACUUAGAAACCAAAGUAACAAUUGACAUAAUUGUUUUUUUAAAACAAUAGACAAUCAGCUUUGGAGAAAAAAUCUAAGAAUAAAACAAUUUUGCUAAGGGAUUACAGAGAAGGAGACGAGGGAGGCGAGAUGAGUACCGUACCUGAUUCAGUUGGGAUUGAGGGAGUCGGCGACGCGGUGCUGGGCAGUGGGCGACUGGGCAGUCGGCGCUGGGCAGUGGGACUGACGGCGAAGGCUCUCGGCGAAUUGGCGAUGGCUGGGACUGACGGCGAAGGAUCUCGGCGAAUCGGGGAAUCCUUUGCUCUCGAACAACACAGGCGUGAUGGCGAUUAAGGUUGGGCUAUUGAGUGAGUGAGUGGUGUUCUUUGAAAGGAAAAACCAAAUUAGGAAGAGGGAGAAUGAAAUUGGGAAGAGGAAAAUGAAAUUGGGGAGAGGGG